AGUUUUCAUGCAGCCGAUUGAUAGUGCUUGAUAUUUUAAAAAAAAGUGAGUGAAUGUAGUCACAUCUUAAUACACAAGCGGAUAUAAAUUCAUAGCCAUUUAAUACAGAUAUAAAUAUGAAUUUAAUCGAUUUCGAAAAAAUAAACCCUGAGGCGAUUUUGCUUAUUCAUAACAUUAAAAUUGGAAAGUUAAAGGGAUCGUUUGACAUCGCACAUCAAGCAUUGCAAAUUUUAAAAAAUGUUAUUAAUAGUUAUCAGUGGAAAAAUGCACAAGAGUUAUUGGAAACAAUUCGCUUGCAUGGGGAAGUAUUAGUUUCUUCUCUACCCAACGAAGUUGUAUUAGCCAACAUUACUAGAAGGAUUUUAAAAGUGAUUCGUGAUGAAUUUAUUUUGCUACAAAUUAAGAUCAACCAGUAUUCAGACGAUGCACAAACUUGUUUGUCACUUCAUAAAUUAGUCAAACAAAAUAGUGACUUCGAGUUUAAUUUGGAUUUUACUACUCCACAAAUUGGCUUGAAAAAACAUAUAAUUGACCAUAUUCAGGAAAUUGAAACUGAAUUGGAAACUAGUUCAGAUAAUAUUUCAGUGCAAGCUAAGGAGCAUGUUCAUUCUUCUGAAGUUAUAUUAACUAUUGGUCUUUUUCAUAGUGUUGAGAAUUUUUUAAAAAAAGCUAUUAAAGAACGUCAGUAUUUAACAAUAAUUAUAGCGGAAUGUGCACCUUAUUGUGAAGGUCAUAAUUUGGCAGCUAAUAUUGCAGCUCCAAAUGUAGAUGUGGUUGUCAUUCCAGAUUCAUCAAUUUUUGCAAUGAUGUCGCGGGUAAACAAAGUUAUAAUAGGUACGCACUGUGUGUUAGCUAACGGUGGCUUAAGAGCAUCCUGUGGUUCUUAUACAGUGGCUUUGGCUGCAAAACAUUACUCAGUCCCAGUGAUUGUUCUUGCUCCCAUGUACAAGCUAUCGGCAAUGUAUUUACGCAGUUAUGAACAAGACGCAUUCAAUUUAGUUGGUCCCGCUGGGAGUGUGAUUGAAUGCAAUUCUUUGGGACCUAAUAUCUCUAGAACAUUUAGCCCAAUUUUCGAUUAUGUUCCUCCUGAAUUAGUUACACUUUUCAUAUCUAAUAUGGGCGGUCACUCACCUUCAUAUGUGUACAGAUUAUUGACAGAGUUGUAUCAUCCGGAGGAUAAAAUAUAGUUUCAAAACAGUUAAAAUUUUAUUACAAAAAUUUGACGGUUUAAUCGUAAAUAAAGAAUUUUAAUACACAUGCA